AUGUUCCUUUCAACGAGAAUGAACGUCUCUACGCCUUCUUCGUUAGCCAAGUGCAGCCGCCUACUGCUACGGAACACGCAUACCUCACCCGUGCCGGGAAUACCAAGAAUCUCUAGACAGACCUACGCCACGGGCAAGAAACCAGUCGGGAAGUCCGGGAACUUCAAGGCCACAGGCGACCAACCCAAGCGGGUUGACCCGAACAGUCCCGAGUACAAGGCCUACCAGAGAACAUGGACAACCGUCAUGAUCGGGACACCCAUCAUCCUCGUCUGCUCUUAUGAGCUCUGGCAAAGGCUUAUUGAGGGCAAGAAGCCUCUUUCUUUAGAACCCAAAGACACGACAGCCCUCACAGAACUGACACCUCACUCGGAGAGCCCAAGCACAACAGCUCAAGAUAUCUGA